GCCGCGCUGCUGUCCAGAAGCUGGUUGAGCCGACCCGCCUCCGGGGAGAAAAGCGACCGGGCUGCACUGUGCUGUUUGGUGGUCCACGCGAUGCGUCUGUUUCUGCUGGCGGUGCUCUUCUGGUGCUCCUGUGCGCGGGCCGGCUGUGAGCCGAAGAUCGUGAACAUCGGGGCCGUGCUGAGCCAGAAGAGAUACGAGCAGGUCUUCAAAGAUGCCGUAACCCAGGCCAACCAGGUCUACGGCAGGGACAAAUUCAAGCUGACUGCCAUCUCCGUAACGCACAAACCCAACGCCAUCCAGAUGGCUCUGUCCGUGUGCGAGGACCUCAUCUCCAGCCAGGUCUAUGCUAUUCUGGUGAGUCACCCUCCACAGUCCAAUGACCAUCUCACCCCAACGCCUGUUUCCUACACCGCUGGAUUCUACCGCAUCCCCGUGGUGGGGCUAACCACCCGCAUGUCCAUCUACUCAGACAAGAGCAUCCAUCUGUCCUUUCUGCGGACAGUGCCCCCCUACUCCCACCAGGCGCACGUUUGGUUCGACCUGAUGCGUGAGUUCAACUGGAACCACAUCAUCCUGAUUGUGAGCGACGACCAUGAGGGCCGGGCCGCUCAAAAGAGACUCGAGACCCUGCUGGAGGAGAGAGAAACAAAGGCAGAGAAAGUCCUCCAGUUCAGCCAGGAGACUAAUUUAACUGCCCUGCUGCUGGAGGCCAAAGAGCUGGAAGCCCGGGUCAUCAUCCUCUCCGCCAGUGAGGAGGACGCUGCUGCAGUGUACAAGGCCGCUCGCUUCCUCAACAUGACUGGCUCGGGCUACGUGUGGCUGGUGGGCGAGCGGGAGAUGUCGGGUAAAGCCCUGAGUGAGGCACCAGACGGUCUGAUUGGCCUCCAGCUCAUCAAUGGGAAGAAUGAGUCAGCCCAUAUCAAUGACGCAGUGGCUGUGGUGGCUCAGUCCAUCCAGGAGCUCUUUGAGAAGGAGAAUAUCACCGAACCUCCCAAGGGAUGUGUGGGGAACACCAACAUCUGGAAAACAGGGCCCCUCUUUAAACGGGUGCUGAUGUCAUCCAAAUACCCAGAAGGCCUCACGGGUCGUGUUGAGUUCAAUGAUGACGGAGACAGAAAGUACGCCCACUACAGUAUUCUCAACUACCAGAAGAGUCGACUGAUUCAAGUCGGAAUAUACAACGGAACUCAGGUUGUAAUGAACAAUCAGAGGAAGAUCAUCUGGCCAGGAGGAGAGACAGAGAAACCGCAGGGCUUCCAGAUGUCCACUCGAUUAAAGAUUGUGACGAUACAUCAGGAGCCAUUUGUUUAUGUGAAGCCCACCAUGCUGGAUGGAACAUGCAAAGAGGAAAUGACACUGAACGGAGUCUUAAUUAAAAAGGUUAUCUGUACUGGGCCUAAUGAGACCAUCCCAGGACGCCCAACUGUACCUCAGUGUUGCUAUGGAUUCUGUGUUGACCUUCUUAUUAAGUUGGCCAUGACCAUGAACUUUACGUAUGAGGUGCACCUGGUGGCAGAUGGGAAAUUUGGGACUCAGGAGCGGGUGAAUAACAGCAACAAGAAAGAGUGGAACGGCAUGAUGGGAGAACUGUUGGGUGGCCUGGCUGACAUGAUCGUCGCCCCUCUGACUAUAAACAACGAACGAGCCCAGUACAUCGAGUUCUCCAAACCGUUCAAGUACCAAGGCCUAACUAUCCUUGUUAAAAAAGAAAUCCCUCGCAGUACAUUGGACUCGUUCAUGCAGCCAUUCCAAAGCACGCUGUGGCUGUUGGUGGGUCUUUCGGUGCAUGUGGUGGCGGUGAUGCUUUAUCUACUAGACCGGUUCAGCCCCUUUGGGAGAUUUAAAGUAAACAGUGAGGAAGAAGAAGAAGAUGCCCUCACCUUAUCUUCUGCUAUGUGGUUCUCCUGGGGAGUGCUGCUGAACUCUGGCAUAGGAGAAGGUGCACCACGCAGUUUCUCAGCCAGAAUUCUGGGUAUGGUGUGGGCUGGCUUUGCCAUGAUCAUUGUGGCUUCUUAUACUGCCAACCUGGCUGCUUUCCUUGUGUUGGACCGGCCUGAGGAACGUAUCACCGGCAUCAACGACCCAAGGCUAAGAAAUCCGUCAGACAAGUUUAUCUACGCCACGGUGAAGCAGAGCUCAGUCGACAUCUACUUCCGCCGGCAGGUGGAGCUUAGUACCAUGUAUCGUCACAUGGAGAAGCACAACUAUGAGAGUGCUGCCGAGGCCAUCCAGGCUGUGCGUGACAACAAGCUGCAUGCUUUCAUCUGGGACUCUGCGGUGCUGGAGUUUGAAGCCUCGCAGAAGUGUGACCUGGUGACCACGGGAGAGCUGUUUUUCCGUUCGGGCUUUGGCAUUGGCAUGCGCAAGGACAGCCCCUGGAAACAGAAUGUGUCCCUGGCCAUUCUCAGUUCUCAUGAGAAUGGCUUCAUGGAGGACCUAGAUAAAACCUGGGUGAGAUACCAGGAGUGUGACUCAAGGAGCAAUGCCCCAGCCACACUCACCUUUGAGAACAUGGCAGGAGUCUUCAUGCUGGUGGCUGGAGGUAUAGCAGCAGGGAUCUUCCUCAUCUUCAUCGAAAUCGCCUACAAGCGCCAUAAAGACGCCCGCAGGAAGCAGAUGCAGCUGGCCUUUGCGGCCGUCAAUGUUUGGAGGAAGAACCUUCAGCCCUCUUCCUCUCUAGAGACUCAGGAUGAUAGGAAAAGUGGUAGAGCAGAGCCUGACCCCAAAAGAAAGCCUCUUUUAGGUCCAUCAGUACCACCCUGGCCUCCAGCAUCAAGAGACGUAGGUCCUCCAAAGACACGCAGUACCCACCCACUGACAUCACGGGCCAACUCAACUUGUCGGACCCGUCAGUCAGCACCGUGGUAUAAAGAGGGAGACGCCGACCGAGCCUUACUCCCCGAGGAGGGAGAGGAAACCACACAAGGAACAGGAGGGUGGGGGAGACCCUGCUCCUUGUUCCCCCAAAACCCGAGCUUAACAUUUCACUGCCUGCCAACAGACGUCUGAGGAAACCCGCUUUCUGGAGAACUGGCUGAAAUGCCGAACUUGCACCUUGUUAAAGUCAGGAUAACCUGGCGUUAAAUGUUUGGGGUUCCUGAGCAUGCACACAGUAACCCAUUGAGUCAUGUACAACGGCUUCCUUCUGUAUAUUAUCAGCCGUCUUAUUUAAGCUUGUUUUCUACUUUAGUUAAUGUUUGAUGGUUUUUGGUCAACUAGGAUAAAGGACCAUACCAACCAUUUGAACAUUUUAGCUUAAUAUGUACAAUUAGUAUAC